AUGUCCAAAACCAUUCUGAUCGCCGGCGCCACCGGCAAACAAGGCGGCAGCCUCAUUGAUGCACUCCUCCAGCAAAAUACAGACGUGGAGAUCCUAGCUGUCACUCGCGAUGCCAAUUCCAAAGGAGCCCAGAAGCUCAUGAGCAAGUCAUCAAAAAUUCAUCUGAUCGAAGGCAACCUCGACCACCCCGAAGGAAUCUUUGCAGAUGCCCAGGAAAUUGCCUCGCAGCCAAUCUGGGGUGUUUACAGUGUACAGGUGCCGGUCCCAGGCUCAUCGGACCAAGAAGCCGAAGAGCGGCAAGGCAAAGCGCUGAUCGACACAUCACUAAAGCACAACGUCAAAUUGUUUGUCUAUUCAUCCGUCGAUCGAGGCGGUGACGCUUCAUACGACACCCCUACCCCGGUUCCCCAUUUCAUAAGCAAGCAUCGCAUCGAGCAUCAUCUGGUGGAGCAAACAAAGGGUACGGAGAUGGCCUGGACGAUCUUGCGACCCGUCGCUUUCCUUGAAAACUUCACUCCCGAUUUCUUCGGCAAGGUCUUUGCUACGUCAUGGAGAGAUGUGGUUCAGGAAAAGCCAUUACAAGUCAUUUCUGUAGGAGAUAUUGGGUUCUUUGCGGCUCAAGCUUUCCUGAAUCCAGAGGAAUGGACGGGCAAAUCACUUUCACUGGCUGGAGACGACAUCACCUUUGAGGAUAUGGCUAAGAUAUACAAGGCGAAGACUGGUCGGGAUGUGCCCCUGACCUUCAGUUUUGUUUGUUCAACAUUGUGGUGGAUGAUGAAGGAUUUCGGGUACAUGUUUCAGUGGUUCUAUGACUCGGGCUACGGGGCCGAUAUCUCCACUUUGAAGGAGAUACACCCCGGCUUGAAGGACUUUGAGACAUGGCUGGAGACUGAGAGUGGACUCGUGUCCAGAUGA